GAGCGGCCGGGGAGCCGUGCGGGAGGGCGGCGGAGGAGGCACCGCAUUGCUGCUGCUGCUGCUGCCGCUGCCGAGCCCCGCGAUGCCGCCGCGCCCGCCGCUGCCCCCGGCCCUGCGCCCCAGCCAGCCCGGCCGGCGGCGGGGGGCUCCGCGGGGGCUCUGAGCAUCUCCCCCCCGGGGCUGCCCAGCGCUCGGUUUUUCUUUUUUUUUUUUUUUUUUAAAUUUUUUUUUUAUUUUUUUAAAUUUUUUUAUUGCCUUCUCUUGGCAUUUGGCCUCUUUUUUUUUUUUUUUUCCUUUCCUCCUUUUCCCCCACCCCCGUUCCCUGCCUUGGAUGGUUUUUAGGUGGAGUCGUUUGCACCAAAACCCAAUAGCUGCUGCUGUUCUUGCUGCUAUUUUUUUUUUUUUUUUUUUUAAUGAUCCUGUUUCCACAGCAGGGGAAGAGAGAACUGAUCCUCAACAUACUCCCAGAGAAUGAAUAAUCACAAGAAACUGGCUUAAGCAGCUCCCUGGAUCUGGUGCAUGAUUUCGAUUGAGUUUGAUUUGAUUUAAUUUUUUUAUUUUUGUUUAUAUUUUUUUCCCCAAGUCAUCGUUCGCGUUUUAUUUUCUGCAUUUCUUCCUUUUUUUUUUUUUUUUUUUUUUUCACCUUUUGGGAGAUUUGCAAACCGAAUUACAUGCAUGUCCAGUGGGGGAAGGUUUAAUUUUGACGAUGGAGGGUCGUACUGUGGAGGCUGGGAGGACGGAAAGGCUCAUGGCCAUGGAAUCUGUACCGGCCCGAAGGGUCAAGGUGAAUAUUCGGGCUCCUGGAGUCACGGCUUUGAGGUGCUGGGGGUCUACACUUGGCCCAGUGGCAACACUUACCAGGGCACCUGGGCGCAGGGCAAGCGCCAUGGCAUUGGCAUGGAGAGCAAAGGGAAGUGGGUGUACAAAGGAGAGUGGACCCAUGGAUUUAAGGGACGGUACGGGGUCCGAGAAUGCACUGGAAACGGGGCCAAGUACGAAGGCACCUGGAGCAAUGGAUUACAGGAUGGCUACGGGACAGAGACCUACUCGGAUGGAGGGACAUACCAGGGCCAGUGGGUCGGAGGGAUGCGCCAGGGUUACGGCGUCCGGCAGAGCGUUCCCUACGGCAUGGCCGCGGUUAUCAGGUCACCCCUGAGGACGUCCAUCAACUCCCUGCGCAGCGAGCACACCAACGGCACGGCGCUGCACCCCGACGCCUCGCCGGCCGUGGCCGGCAGCCCGGCCGUGUCCCGGGGGGGCUUCGUGCUCAUGGCCCACAGCGACGCCGAGAUCCUCAAGAGCAAGAAGAAGGGCAUCUUCCGGCGGUCGCUGCUGAGCGGGCUCAAGCUCCGCAAGUCCGAGUCCAAGAGCUCCUUGGCCAGCCAGCGGAGCAAGCAGAGCUCGUUCCGGAGCGAAGCCGGGAUGAGCACGGUCAGCUCCACCGCCAGCGACAUCAACUCCACCAUCAGCCUGGGCGAGGGCGAGGCCGAGCUCUCCGUCAUCGAAGACGACAUCGACGCCACCACCACCGAGAUCUACGUGGGCGAGUGGAAGAACGACAAGCGGUCGGGCUUCGGGGUGAGCCAGCGCUCGGACGGGCUCAAGUACGAGGGCGAGUGGGCCAACAACAAGCGCCAUGGCUACGGCUGCAUGACCUUCCCUGACGGCACCAAGGAGGAGGGCAAGUACAAGCAGAACAUCCUGGUCAGCGGCAAGAGGAAGAACCUCAUCCCGCUGCGGGCCAGCAAGAUCCGUGAGAAGGUGGAUCGGGCCGUGGAGGCGGCCGAGCGGGCGGCCACCAUCGCCAAGCAGAAAGCGGAGAUCGCGGCGUCCAGGACCUCUCACUCCAGGGCCAAGGCAGAGGCGGCUGUGACAGCGGCGCAGAAAGCUCAGGAGGAAGCGCGGAUCGCCAGGAUCACUGCCAAAGAGUUCUCGCCUUCCUUCCAGCACAGGGAAAACGGGCUCGAAUGCCAGAGACCGAAGCGCCAGAACUCGAGCGAUGACAUCGAGGUCCUGUCCACCGGGACCCCCCUCCAGCAGGAGAGCCCCGAGCUGUACCGCAAAGGGACCACCCCGUCCGACCUGACCCCCGACGACAGCCCGCUGCAGAGCUUCCCUGCCAGCCCCUCCUCCACGCCCCCCCUGGGCCCUUCCUGCAGGAACAAGAGCGCCCACUUCUCCAGGCAGGUCUCGGUGGACGAAGAGAGGGGCGGGGAGAUCCAGAUGUUGCUGGAGGGGCGUGGCGGGGAUUACCUGCGGCCCAACAGCUGGAGCAGCGAAGAGAAGGCCGGCGGGACGCGCGGCGUGAGAAGCGGGACCCUGCGCGCUGGGCAGCUGGGGGCGGCCCCCGCCCCCGAAGACUACCGAGGUCGGAGUGGAGGACACAAACACUCGGCCUCCAACCACAAGCAAAGAGAGAGGUGGACAGAUUCCCCUGCCACGGUUUCAUGGACUUCCCACCACAGGUCCCACAACCACAGCUCAGGGAGCUCCAAACUGCUUGAGCUGGACGAGGAGAAGAUGAGCAAUUACGAGAUGGAGAUGAAGCCCCUCAUGAGGAUGGAUUCUUAUAUGCAAGAGAUUCACACCCAAAAAAGACACUACAGCAAAGGGGGAGGCUGCAGGAGCAUGGCUGACGACCACCGUGGGGAAGAGCGGGGCUUUGGGGUUCAGAGACUGAGGUCUAAGUCCCAGAACAAAGAGAAUUUCAGGCCAGCUUCCUCUGCAGAGCCCACGGUGCAGAAACUGGAAAACCUGAGAUUCGGGGACAAAGCUGAACCUCGGCUACUAAGGUGGGACUUAACCUUCUCCCCGCCACAGAAAUCUUUACCUGUUGCACUAGAAUCUGAAGAGGACAGUGGGGAUGCGCUCAAAUCCAGUACGGGUUCAGCUCCCAUCCUGGUAGUCAUGGUGAUCUUACUAAAUAUUGGAGUCGCCAUUUUGUUUAUUAACUUUUUCAUCUGAUUCAAGACUGUCUUGUUUGCAAAAAUAACAGUUACAUGUAUGAAUGGGAAAACAAAACAAAACAACAACAAAAAAAAAAAAAAAACAAAGAAAAAAAACCCCACAAAAACAAACCAGAACCAAACUACAAACAACAACAAAACAAAGGGAAAAAUCGUAACUCGAACUGUCCUCCGACAAUUUCCAAGUCUUUUCACAGAAGAACAACAAACGAUCGAGUCUCACUCACAGUUUGCCUUUUUUCCUGGGUAAUGUUUUUUGGAUUUUAGCCAAAAUUCUUUGCUUGUAUAACACUAUGCUGUGUGGCAUGGCAAAAUGCUAUCAACACUCUGCCCCCCCAACACUGGGAAGGAUGAGAAGGAAUCCCAACAAAAGAAAACCUCGUUUCCCUUCCCCUCACCAUCCCCCCUCUCCCCCCCACAAAAGAAAAAAAAAUAUGGUCAUAACAACAGUAAUGAACCCCAAACUGGAAAUGAGAUGGGGGGACCAUGGGGAGAGUUUGUUUGGUGUAUGUAUGGGUGCUGGGAUGCUCCAGGCUGAGUUUCCCAGGGAAAUCCACAACAGCUUUAAUGACAAAUGGGAGAGAAAAGCAAAAUCAGGCUUUUCUUCCCUUGGAAAUGGAGGAAUGUUGCUGUAAGAAGGAGGAGAGAAGGAGCACAGGGAAGGCAUGAACCCUGUUUGGAUGGAAAAGAUGGGAGAAGGGGCCCCAUUUUGGUAUUUGUUUUAAAACAAAGCAGCAAUUGGCCUUUCCCAAAAUUCCUUGGGGCAGGGGGGGGAAUAGGGAACACAAGGUGUGAGCAGCAGCCCCACCACCCUCCUGCCUUCACUCCUCCUCCCCAGGCUGCUCCCCGACAUGGCAAGGCUGGAAAACUACCCAGUGCUACUUUUAAUUCACAGCCAAUUUCUCCUGGGUAAAAAUGUGUCCCUGGAUUCCCCAAAAAAACACCAAAAAAACUUGGAGGCACCAUCAGCAACACGAAUUGCUGGUCAUUGUGCCGUGCUGGUGAGGAGCAUCCCAUCCCACCCCAUCCCAUCCCAUCCCGAAGCGUGUGCACGGAGAUGCCGGGGAGCAGAUUGGUGGGGAGGGCCAGGGGAGAGAGGGCUCAAUUCCGACCCACUUGGGAUAACAAUAAAACAAAACCAAGCAAAAAUAAACCUGUUUUUCCAAGGCAUCUGGGGAGGAGCACCUGGAGCAUGUCCCAGAGAGGAGGGAGAGGGUGGUGGGUUUGUCUCUUACAUCUUGCUGUGGACUGUUUCAGACAUCAUGCUUGGGCUCUGAGCAUGUAGUAUUUUGCACUUUGUAAUGCAGGAUGUAUAUUCCAGCUUCCAACAUGUCCCUGUAAAAAAAAAAAAAAAAAAAAAAAAAAAAAAAAAAAAAAAAAAGGAAAAAAAAAGAAAAAAAAAAAAGAAAAUCCAACCAACCAUCAUUGGCAAUGGCAGCCUCUAAGGAUGUAUUCUUUUCUUUCUUUUUUUUUUUUUUCUAUGUCACUUAAUUUGUUUCUACCAUCUUUGUACUAUGCCUGCCUUGAUUUUGUCCCCUCCCCUUCCCCACGGAUAAUCUGCAUACUCAUUAAAGAUGCCGUAUCCCUGUUCUGAGCUGUCAUGGUCCCAGUCACAGCGUGGUCUCAGCUCCAUUCCUCGGAAGUGGCCGAUGGCCCCUCGCUUUCCCAAGGGACUGUUCCCUCCCCACGGGUGGAGAUCGGCUUUGCCGGUGCUCCACCACCACCUGGCACAAUUCCAGUGGCUCCUCUGGGAUUUGGUACGUCCAGGGACCAAAUUCCACCCUCAGUUCUCCCCACUGCAGCUCUGUGCGAGUGUGGCAGCACCCGAGGGUGGGAGGAAACCCUCACGUGGAUAUUUUGGGGGGGUGGGAAAGGAGGGGGAAAUCCCUCCUGGACAUUCACAUCCAGAGUUGUUGGAUACAGCCCGGAUUUGUGGACUCAGCUUUGCUUUGCUUCUGUUUUAGCUGUUUCUCUGCUACCUUUUCAGCAGAUUUCUUAUUACACUGCACUGGAUUGCUAUAUUUUUAACCAGAAAUAAACUAAGGAUUAGAGCAUGUGCCAGUUAAA